ACCCAGAGACGGAGGGUGGGGAGCGAGCGAGAGGGGCGGGGGAGGAACACAGCCCCCCGAAGUGUGUAAGAGCAAACAGUGAUAGACAGCUAGUUCCGGGUUCCCGCCGCCUGCACUCCGCAAGCUGGUGAGCCCCAGUCUUCAGCCAGGUUCCUCCCGGGAGCCGCGAGCCACCAGGGCGCGGGGUGGGUGGCCAGGGACGGGGCCCAGGCGCGCGCGCACAGUCGUGUCUCCAGCGAGCUGGGUUCGGCACCCUGAGCGGGACGGGGCCUCCAAAUCUGGGCCUGAGCUGCACGCCCCCGCGGCCUUGCUGGCUUCAGGCUUGGCUAGACAUCUAACCCAGAAGAACAAGGCCUGUCUGUACUCGGAAAGCAGCCACCAGCUGCUGGGGUGGACGCAGAUGGAGGGCCUGUCUUGGCCAGCCACAUGUAAGUUGUUUCUGAGUUGGAAGGAAAGGAAAGUUCGCGACUGAGAAUUGAAGGCAGAUUGCCAACUACCAGGAAAGAACAUUGGUUCUGACUUUUUUGUUGAUGAAGUUGUUGCCAGGCUUGGGGGAAAUGCAACUUGCCCUGCAGCUGGACCUCUAAGUGGUCAUCAGAGGCUGCCGGGAAUGAACAGGCCCUGAGCUGUGAUCCGGUUUCCCUACUUGAAGUAUACAUUCUUGGUAGCUUCUGGGAACAGGCUUGUAGUGUUGGAGUAAAACAAAAGAAAACAAAACAAAAGUAAGCAAACAAAACAAAACAAGAAAACAUGAGUGUGGAAGCCAAGUACCGUGCAGCUUCUCUGUAUGUGGGUGACCUCCACGAAGAUGUCACUGAGGAUGUGUUAUUCAGGAAGUUCAACACAGUGGGACCAGUGUUGUCCAUCCGCAUCUGCAGGGACCUGGUUUCCGGGCGUUCACUGGGCUAUGCCUAUGUCAACUUCCUCCAGCUGGACGAUGCGCAGAAGGCCCUAGACACCAUGAACUUUGACUUGAUCAAAGGCAAAUCCAUCCGUCUCAUGUGGUCUCAACGGGAUGCAUACCUGAGGAAAUCGGGAAUCGGUAAUGUGUUUAUCAAGAAUCUGGACAAAUCCAUUGAUAACAAAACCUUGUAUGAAAACUUCUCUCCGUUUGGAAAGAUCCUGUCCUCCAAGGUGAUGAGUGACGAAGAAGGCUCCAAGGGCUAUGGCUUCGUGCACUACCAGGACCAGAGUGCUGCAGACAGGGCCAUUGAGGAGAUGAAUGGGAAGCAGUUGAGGGACUGCGCAGUGUUUGUGGCCAGAUUCAAAAGCCGUCAGGAUCGUGAGGCUGAGCUCAGAAGCAAACCCAGCGAAUUCACUAAUGUGUACAUCAAAAACUUUGGGGAUGAUAUGGACGAUGAGGGGCUCAAGGAUGUUUUCAGCAAAUACGGCCAAACUUUGAGCGUCAAGGUGAUGAAAGAUGCCAACGGGAAGUCCAAAGGCUUCGGGUUUGUAAGUUUUUAUAGCCAUGAGGCUGCCAGAAAUGCAGUUGAAGAAAUGAAUGGACAGGAUAUAAACGGACAGACAAUUUUUGUAGGCAGAGCUCAGAAGAAGGUAGAACGCCAGGCUGAAUUGAAGGAAAUGUUUGAACAGAUGAAAAAGGAAAGAAUCCGUGCACGUCAUGCGGCGAAGCUCUACAUUAAGAACCUGGAUGAAACCAUCGAUGAUGAAACACUGCGCAAGGAAUUUUCUUGCUUUGGGUCCAUUUGCCGAGUUAAGGUGAUGCAGGAAGCAGGGCAGAGCAAAGGGUUUGGCUUGAUCUGCUUUUUCUCUCCCGAGGCAGCUGCUAAAGCAAUGGCUGAGAUGAAUGGCCGAGUCCUGGGCUCCAAACCCCUCAACAUUGCACUGGGCCAGAAGCACUGAAGAAGAACGAUCCUACCUCGCCAAUCUCAGUAGCAGCUAGGAGAACAAUACUGCUCUCCCCCUGAAGGGUGCUGUAAGGGUAAGCGUCAAAACUUGAUGGCUGCUCAAUGAAUUUUGUAUACAAAAACAUUUCUUGUGUGUGUAUGAAAAAGCAAAUGUGUGUUAGAAGCUUGGUUUGUUUCGCAGGGUGCAUCCUCAAAUUUAAAAAAAAAUGCAUAUAUUUUUUUCUUAUUUUCUAAUAUUCACAACUGUUUAAUUGGUUACAUUUUAUUAUAUUUUAAACCAAAUGAAGCAAAUACGUGUAUUUAUUGCAUAUUUUAGUCAUUUGUUUUAAUAGCAUUGCGAGCUUUAGUUUCUCCUAUGAAAAGGUGCCCCAAACAAAUUGAAUGAUAAUUUAUUUUUUACUAAGAGUAAUUUUAACAUUUUUCAUGGAAGUAUUUUUCUUUCCUUCUUUCUUUCUUGUUUUGGCAACUCAAAAAUUUAGAAAUUGCUAGACAGAAAUCGGUGAAAUACCAAAUUUCACUUUUGAAUUAACGUUUUUAGUACCAAGCAAUAGUUGUAAUAUACAUACAUACAUAUAUACAUGCAUACACAUGUCCUGGAGGUUUGCAUUUCUAAUAAUAGUCUACAUCAAGAUGGUGGUAGAGGAAAUUUCUCAUUUUUUGGUUACAUUUUCUGUGUCUGUAAUCUGAGUGUUUGUUUUCUUACUAUUUAAUUGUACUUAUAUAGUAAUGAUUUACUUUUUAUAUUUCCUCAUGUUAUAAACCUGUAUCUCUGCAGUUGAUGGACACAUAAUUUCAUCUUGAAUCCCAUCACACCCUGCAGUUCAUUGUGAUGCAUUUUUAGGUAUUCAUUAGAUGCUUAUGCUAGGAAAGUCAUAUCUAUGCAAUUCAGAAACGCCAAAGAAAGUCAAUCUUUAAAAAAAAUCCUGUUAUAUUAAUCUAUCCCAGAGUUCAGAAAAUAAGUGCCUUAUUUUAUAAACUUCCUCUCUCUUUAUUAGACUGUGAGGGCUCUGUUAGCUUGUGGGUUUUCCUUGGGCCUUGGUUGGUAUUCUGACAAAGUGAAGUUAUGUCACUUGAUCUGUUUUUAGCAUGUGUUUUAUUUUGAUGCCCAUCCCAUAUGACUUCUCUCUUCUGUCCAUCAACAUUACUUAGCUCAUUUUUAGACAUUUUUACAAAGGAAUUGUAAUAUUAGCUUUUCCUUUAUACUACCUCAAAACCAUUUGAAAUAAAAGGUAAGAGUUAUUUAUUUGGAAUUUACUCAGUACCUUAAAAAUGUUAUCCACUCAUACCACAGGUGUGAAAAGUUCUGUUUUCACUGUUGUCUUUUGUUUUUCACUUUUCUUUCUUGAUUUUUUGUUCUUUUUCUGUUUUGAAUUAUUUUCUCAUUUCUUAUUAUCAUUUAUUACAACCUUUUACUUCAUAUGUUAAUAGUACAUAUUUUCCAUUGACAAUAUUUUAUGAAUGAGAAAAAUCUCAUUUUGUUUUUAUAAAUCAUAUAUAUAUUUAUAUUCUUUGCACAUUUUCUAAUCUGAAUGAGGAAAAAUAUUGAGAAUAAAAAGUAAUAAAAGAAUAAAAGUAAUAAAACUAUUGCAGAAACACAUUCUGCAAAAAUUCACUGUUUAUUGUCCCUAACAUUUUAUGUACAUAAUAAAAGAUUUUGAAAAGGUAA